UCAUUAUUCAACUAUGGGCUAUUUAUGAGGCUUGGAAUAUCAACAUUAUUAAAUAAUACAAAAUCCGACAACAAACAAUCAAGUGAAAUUUCGCUUCUCCUUACCCUAUCCUUCCUCCCUCCCAGUGCAGACCACUCUAGUUUCUGUUUCCCAUAUGCCUACCAGUACGAAGCUUUAAAUCUGAAAGCAUGAAACAUGCCACUACCAGCCGACUGAGAUUGAAAUCUCUACACCGGAUAUAUUGUAGUGUUACCAAACGUUGUGGUAGCAUCUAAAAAAUGAUACAAAUCAACGAUUUGAGCUUAUUCAACACGAAUCACUAGUCAGUCGUACUAGAUGCUAAUCUAUCGUUGCUCAGAUUUCCAGUAAUCCGGAUUGCGGUCCGACAAUCAGAGGCUUUCGAUCUAUUGAUCUAGUUGAAUUAUUCGAAGUGGUUGAAAUGUUGGAUUCAUUUUGAAUUUUGAACCGACUAAAAACAUUUAAAACCCGAAUUAGUCUGCUAGUUCGGAUUACUGGACUCUCUGUCGCAAUUUCAAAACUCUCGAGGACAAACUCAAACUUCAAUCUCGUAGAAAGGAAAUCCCGUCACACCAAUUUCCCAGACAAAGACAUUGAUUGACAAAUGUAACAUUGUAAGAUUCAACAUCCACAAGAUGUGCCGAUUAAAAAUUUCCUAACCUCCCAAACCAAGCUCAACUCAAUCAUUGGUCUUAUUUUCAUCUUCUCCCUUCAGUCUUGGAAUUUCAAUUCCAAAUUUUGACAGCGGAAAGGUAAAUUAAAAGCCCAGGAAGAUGACACGCCAAGAACCUCCGAUUCUGAAACCCUCAUCACGGGCUUAUUCUCGACCUUCUACUCCCGGAGCUUCUUUUCUUCACACAACAUCUUUGAGUGGUUCUACCAAAUACUUCUCCAAUACAGCAGAAAUUAAUAAAACUCUCACCCCGGAUGCCUUGGCCUCGUUCCCGACUUCUCCACUGGGAAUCGGCAGAACCGGAGGACCAGAGCCUGUAUCUAGAUCUAAAACUUCAUUGAUACUGUCACUUCCUGAGGAAGAAACUUUUGGUCAUCCUAGUAUCGACCUACCAGGCUUGAACAUAGUCAGAGAUUUCGGAUUUGGUUCUAGUGCUGGGUUAAGAACAUCGAGGAUCGAAGAGAGAACAUCGAUUGUUGUUGCGGAGGAAGUGAAAGGAGAGGGGGAGAAAAGCUUUAGAGAUGUGAAUUCGGAUUUUCAAGAACGGCAGAUUGAAGAAAGAGGACAUGAAUUGGAACUAAAGGGAGAUGGCUCGGAGGCAAUGAAGGAAAGGAGAAUUGCAGAGAUGCUUGAUCGGCAAGCAGAUGAGGAGAAGGAAAAAAGCCUUAGAUUCUUUGAUCGAUUGAAAGAUAUUUGGGAAAGUGUUUCUGGAAAAUGUUGUUGUUCGUAAAGGGCGUAUGAGAUUGUGGAUAUCAUUUAACAGUACCAUGCAUGGGGCGCUGUUUUCAACCGCUAUCGAAAUCCAGCUGUUUCCAUUUCCGGUCACUGUAGACAGAUAGGAAUUCUUCGGAGAAAUGCCAUCCAAAGAACAUGAAUGCGCGGAUUUUGAAGAAUCAAUUUCUCCGGAAAAAAAUAUGUUGAGUGCAGAAGAAAAAAAAGGUAAACAAGGAUAGAAAAUUGACAGCAAUCAAUGUAGACUCCGUCCCUCUCGGAUACUCGUGCGGUCAAUAAGUACGGAAGAUAAAACUCUGAACGCUAGGAAAUAUCCAUUUUCAUUGGUCUAAUCGCCCC